AUGGGGUCAUUUCGAACAAAGAGUCAAAUCCAUGACUUUUCCGACGAAGAGCAAGCUUCUACACAAGCAUUGGGAACAACUUAUACAGUAGAGCAUCCACAGAUAAAUGGACAAGUAGAAGCUGCUAACCGAGUUUUAUUGCAGACUAUGAAAAAGAAGUUCAGUGAUGUAAAGGGGGAGUGGGCCAACCUCAUCCCCAAAAUUUUAUGGAGCUAUAACACAACCAUUCAAUCAGCUACUGGAGAAACCCUUUUCAAACUGGUUUAUGGAGCCGAGGCAAUGAUACCUGUCGAGGUUAGCUACCCAACUUUAAGAGCCGAGUUAUAUAAUCACAAUAAUAACACACUCACAAGAACAACAGAGCUAGACCUUGCCGACGAAGACAGGGAGGUGGCAACUAUAAAGUAG